CUAGGGCUCUAGCCUACCUUUGGACUAGCAAAUAAAAGGUUGAGUUGUCUCCCCUGUCGUUUCUAGCGGUCGUUACCGACCUGUCUAACGCUGGACGGAGAUUCUACCAAGAUACAUGAAGAAAUAAAACGCUUCAACUAUCCACCACCGGUGUUUUUUGGACAGAGAUGGUCUCGCGGGGAAUAACCGAUUUGUGAAGUUAUGGCGCUCGGGCACGGCUCCAGAAAGUCGCGUUCCUGUGAUAUGGAGGUACCACCAGCUCCUGUGGACCUGCAAUUGGAAAGGGUCAGUAGGCUAUAUAAGUAUUGUGAUAUUGACAAUGUAGGCCUAUGAUUUUAGCUACCAUAUAAAAUAAAUAAUAUAUGUAUUUUAUGUUCUAUGCAUAUUGUUUUAGUCAUUUUAUAAUAGCCUAUAGUUUAUUUUAUAAGAAAAAUGCUCUGGCCAGGGCUUCAGGCUUCACCUGCAUUUACUGAAGGUAUCUGCAGGCCUUAUGCUGGUUUAUGCUGCAGGUAGAAGUUGACAAUAGACACAGAUCUGGGGUCAGUUUAAUCUCCUCAAAUCCUAAACCUAACCUAUGAAUGGGGGAAUGGUAAAACUGACCUUAGAUCAGUGUCAGUUUUAGUUCUAGCUAUAAGCAUGAGGUCUCUGCACUAGUCUGUGCAGAAUCCUCAUCCACUGUUCUUACAGACCUGAUUAUACAGUAUAAUACCCUAAACUCUGACUUGAGGCCAGUUGUUAACUGGGGCGCAUUGUGUGUGUGUUUGUUUGUUGUUGUUGUUUACAGGUGGGGCCCAGUAACGAGGCCUCUGUGAUGUCCUCUAAGACAUUGAGACGACCCUGCAGGUGUCUCCUAGCCUUCCUUAUCAUCGUCACCACCAUCAUCCUCUCUGUAGGAGCCACUCUGGCCUGGUACUUCCUGGGUGAGCAAGGGAUUUUGGGAAAAUAACCGGACACACACACACACACACACACACACACACACACACACACACACACACACACACACACACACACACACUAUGACUGGUUAUCUGGAUAUUUAACAUGCCAGUAAGUCUCUCUCUCUCCCCCUCCCCCAUCCCUCCCUCCAGAGUACAGGGUGUGGGUACUGGAGCCCAGGAUCCAGCAGCAGUAUACUGCUAGACUCUCUAUCCUCAACAGGAACUACUCCUCUGGUCUCUCCUCUCACACCAGCCCAGCCUUCACAGCCCAGGCCAAGGAAGUACAGGAUAUGGUAUAGGACAAGGGAUUUGGGGAAAAUAACCUGGGACACACACACACACUUUAUGUUUCACUACUUUUUAUUUUCAAUGUAAAUCUUGUCUGUCUCUCUGACCAUUUCUCUCUCUCUCUCUCUCUCUCUCUCUCUCUCUCUCUCUCUCUCUCUCUCUCUCUCUCUCUCUCUCUCUCUCUCUCUCUCUCUCUCUCUCUGUCACUCAGGUGAGAAGGAUAGUGAAGAGCUCAGAUCUAUAUCGCUACUUCAACUCCACCAAAGUCUUUGCCUUUGCGUAUGUAAAACCAGGGUCUAUAAAUACAGGUCUACAUGCAUAUCUAUAUCAUGCAUUUCUAUACUUAGUAUAUCUAUGACUGUAAAUCUAUCUAGGUAUUAAACAUACUUACCCACACAACAUUGACCCACAGUUUACACUUACGUGCAUAUCUAUAUCAUGCAUUUCUAUACCCAGUAUAUGACUGUAAAUCUAUCUAGGUAUUAAACAUACCUACCCACACAACAUUGACCCACAGUAUCCACUUCCGUGCAAAUCUAUAUCAUGCAUUUCUAUACCUAGUAUAUCUAUGACUGUAAAUCUAUCUAGGUAUUAAACAUACCUACCCACACAACAUUGACCCACAGUAUACACUUACAUGCAUAUCUAUAUUAUGCAUUUCUAUACCUAGUAUAUGACUGUAAAUCUAUCUAGGUAUUAAACAUACCUACCCACACAACAUUGACCCACAGUAUACACUUACAUGCAUAUCUACAGUACCAGUCAGGUACUGUAUAUCAUGUAGCCUAUGUCUAUACAUUGUUUAUCUACUCUAUGUAAAACAAACAACACGUACCAUUAACCCUCUCAACUACCCGUCGUCACCCUAUGGAACCACUGCUAUGCAUGCGUAUCUAUAUUGAUGUAUACAGUGCCUUCAGAAAGUAUUCAUACCCAUUAACUUAUUCCAGAUUUUGUUGUGUUACAGCCUGAAUUCAAAAGGGAUUAAAUAUAUUUCUCUCACCCAUCUACACACAAUAAACCAUGAUGACAAAAUGAAAACUUGUUUUUAUAAUUUUGUUCAAUAUUUUUGAAAUUGAAAUACAGAAAUAUCUAAUUUACAUGAGUAUUCACACCCAUGAGUCAAUACUUUGUAGAAGCACCUUUGGCAGCGAGUCUUCCUGGUUAAGUCUCUAAGAGCUUUACACACCUGGAUUGUGCAAAAGUUGCCCAUUAUUAUUUUCAAAAUGUUUCAAGCUCUUUCAAAUUGGUUGUUGAUCAUUGCAAGACAACCAUUGUCAGGUCUUGCCAUAGAUUUUCAAAUAGUUUUAAGUCAAAACUGUAACUCGGCCACUCUCUUGGUAAGGAACUCCAGUGUAGAUGUGGCCUUGUGUUUUAGGUUAUUGUUCUGCUGAAAGGUGGCCUUGUGUUUUAGGUUAUUGUCCUGCUGAAAGGUGGCCUUGUGUUUUAGGUUAUUGUCCUGCUGAAAGGUGGCCUUGUGUUUUAGGUUAUUGUCCUGCUGAAAGGUGGCCUUGUGUUUUAGGUUAUUGUCCUUCUGAAAGGUGGCCUUGUGUUUUAGGUUAUUGUCCUGCUGAAAGUGGCCUUGUGUUUUAGGUUAUUGUCCUGCUGAAAGUGGCCUUGUGUUUUAGGUUAUUGUCCUGCUGAAAGUGGCCUUGUGUUUUAGGUUAUUGUCCUGCUGAAAGGUGAAUUAAUCUCCCAGUGUCUGGUGGAAAGCAGACUGAACCAGGUUUUCCUCCAGGAUUUUGCCUGUACUUAGCUCGAUUCCAUUUAUUUUUUAUUUUCCUGAAAGACUCCCCAGUCCUUAACGAUUAUAAUAUAAAUAAUAAUAUGCCAUUUAGCAGACGCUUUUAUCCAAAGCGACUUACAGUCAUGUGUGCAUACAUUUUUGUGUAUGGGUGGUCCCGGGGAUCGAACCCACUACCUUGGCGUUACAAGCGCCGUGCUCUACCAGCUGAGCUACAGAGGACCACUUACAAGCAUAACCAUAACAUGAUGCAGCCAUGACAAUGCUUGAAAAUAUGGAGAGUGCUGCUCAGUAAUGUGUUGUAUUGGAUUUGCCCCAAACAUAACACUUUGUAUUCAGGACCAAAAGUUAAUUCCGUUGCCAAUUUUUGGCAGUAUUACUUUAGUUCCUUGUUGCAAACAGGAUGCAUGUUUUAGAAUGUUUUUAUUCUGUACAGGCUUCCUUCUUUUCACUCUGUCAUUUAGGUUAGUAUUGUGGAGUAACUACAGUGUUGUUGAUCCAUCCUCAGUUUUCUCCUAUCACAGCCAUUAAACUCUGUAACUGUUUUAAAGUCAUCAUUGACCUCAUGGUGAAAUCCCUGAGAGGGUUUCCUUUCUCUCCAUCAACUGAGUUAGGAAGGACGCCUGUAUCUUUGUAGUGACUGGGUGUAUUGAUACACCCUCCAAAGUGUAAUUAACAACUUCACCAUGCUCAAAGGGAAAUUUAAUGUCUGCCUUUUGUUUGCCCAUCUAUCAAUAGGUGCCCUUCUUUGCAAGACACUGGAAAACCUUUGUGGUUGAAUCUGUGUUUGAAAUUCACUGCUUGGCUGAGGGACCUUACAGAUAAUUGUAUGUGUGGGCUACAGAGAUUAAAUAUUAUUAUUGCACACAGAGUGAGUCCAUGCAAUUUAUUAUGUGAAUUGUUAAUCACAUUUCUACUCCGGAACGUAUUUAGACUUGCCAUAACAAAGGGCUUGAAUACUUAUUGACUCAAGACAUUUCAGCUUUUCAUUUGUAAUUCAUUUGUAAAAAUGUCAAAAAACUGAAUUUCACUUUGACAUUAUAGAGUAUUGUGUAUUGUGUGUAUGCCAGUGAAAAAAAUCUCAAUUUAAUCCAUUUUAAAUUCAGGCCGUAAGACAACAAAAUGUGGAAAAAGUCAAGGGGUAUGAAUACUUCCUGAAGGCACUACGGAUCUAUGUAUAUGGAUCUAUAAAUCAUUCUUGCAAUGCCCACACAAACUUUCUUUCCAGCUGUUAUCACCUCAUGGAACAACUUUGUCCCUGCUCCCUUGUUUCCCUAGGGAGGGAAGUGUGGUGGCACACUUCUGGCUGGUCCUGUCAGUCCCUGGCAGCCAUGUUGGUAAGGUCACUAUGGAGAGAGUCAACAGCAGCCUACAGAGUCUACUAGGGUCCUACAGAGGGAGUGACAGAGAUGAGACUGCUAACUAUGGAGAAUAUCUAUUGCAUCUUCCCUCUUUCUCUAUCACAGGUGAGUGGGAGAGGAAUGUGGGGAAAGGACCUGGGUUUUUAUUAUAAUUUGUGUUUAGUUGAUCGUUGUAUUAUUUGUUCCUCAUCACGUUGUUUUCUGUUUGUUUGCUUGUUUGUUUGUUUUCAACCCCUCAGAAACAGACCCCAAAGUUGUAGAACUUUUGAAAGCUUCAUUUGGUAUGAUUUCUUUUAUCUUCUCCUCACUUUCUGCAUUAUUUUAGAAGCUUUAAGAAGUGCUUGAACUAUGUAAAUUGUAGGUACACAGUGUACCGUACACUUGAAAUUAGAGAUGAGUGUUCAUCUCUUCCUGUUGCUCUCUUUCUCUCUCCCACUUUCUCUCCCUCCUUCCUCCUCCCUGCCUCCCCCCCCAGACUGCUACAGGUACCAGGUGGUCAGCUCCAGCACAGCAGUGGCUAUGAGGGGACCUGACACCCAGCGCUUGUCCUGCCUUUGGCACCUCAGGGCCCCGCAAGGCUCCAGCACCCAGGGUUUCAGACUGGAGCUGAGGAUGGAGUGGCUGCUACCAGAGUGUAGAGAUAGACUGGCUGUCUAUGAUGGUUUAACGCCUACCGAUACUCACCUCAUCACCUCGUAAGUUUAUAAAUACUGUACAUAUACAGCUAUUGGAUCUUCAUUUGACCCGUAUUGUCACAGCAAAAUAUUCCUGCAGCAACAGGUUUUUAAUGUUUGCUUGAUUUGUGGUUAGUGUAUUAGCUGUCCAAAAUUAGGCUACAUGAAAAGUGCAAUACUGUUAAUAUAAUCGUGUGUUAGUGCAGGUUUUCAGUGAAUUUAUGUAAAUCAAAAUUCUUACCAACAAAACAGUGAUCAAAUUAAGAUCAUUUAUCUGUACAAUACAUACAGGUAACUGCCAAAAUACACGUGCCAAAUUGUCCAUUACAGUAUUUUAGCUACCAUGGCUAGAAGAAGAGAUCUCAGUGACUUUGAAAGAGGGGUCUCAAAGGAGCAUAGGGGGUUUAAAGUGUGUGUGUGUGUCUCAGGCACCAGAUCUCAACCCAAUUGAACACUUAUGGGAGAUUCUGGAGCGGUGCCUGAGACAGCAUUUUCCACCACCAUCAACAAAAUACCAAAUGAUGGAAUUUCUUGUGGAAGAACUGUGUCGCAUCCCUCCAAUAGAGAUUCAGAAUCUAUGCCAAGGUGCAUUGAAGCUGUUGUGGCGGCUUGUGGUGGCACGACACCCUAUUAAGACACUAUGUUGGUGUUCCCUUUAUUUUGGUAGUUACCUGUACAUCCAGUAUAGACAGACAGAGUGUAAAGACAGACUAUAUGAUGCUUUAACACCAACAGAUAGUCACCUCAUCACCAAGUGACUUUAUGUUGAUGUUCUAUACACUGACAACCUCACACACACACCACAGAUGCACACAUUAUCAUAUUUAGCCCACUCUCUCUCUCUCUCUCUCUCUCCCUCUCUCUCCUCUCUCUCUCUCUCUCUCUCUCUCUCCUCUCUCUCUCUCUCUCUCUCUCUCUCACCCUCCCUCCCUCCCUCCCUCACCCUCCACCAGUCUGUAUGGCUGCAGCAGACAGGAGCGUGUUGUUCAUGUGUUGUCAUCAGGAGAGUGGAUGACAGUGGUCUGGAAACAGGGUCUCUACAACUAUAAAGACCCCUUCUCUCUGUCGGCUCAGGUCUGGACCACUGAAGGUGAGGUUUAUAUGGUUGUUGUUGAAGUGUUUCAAAUGACUGUUAUAUGUUGCUCUCUUACACAAGGACUUCACAAACACUUUCUUCCUUUCACACUCAUCAUCAUCAAUCCCCCUCCCUCACCCCCUCUUUCUCCUUCCUCUCUCCCCCUCUCCCCCCUCUCUCUCUCUCUCCGUCUCUCUCUUCCCCCUCUUUCUCUCUCCCCAUCUCUCCCCAUCUCCCCCCCCCUCUCUCUUGCUCUCUCUCUCUCCCCCCACCCUCUCUCCCUCUCUCCCCCUAUCUCCCCCUCUCUCUCUCUCUCUCUCUCUCAGUGUGUUCCACCACCAUAGAGCUGCAGCCAGUAUCAGGGGUACAGGGUAGCAUACGUACCCCCUUCUAUCCCAGCUACUACCCACCUGACACCAACUGUACCUGGACAUUCACUGUGAGUGUUAUACUGUACAUCCCCUUCUAUUGUCUUCAACUGUCUUCUACUGUCUUCUACUGUCUUCUAUUGUCUUCUAUUGCCUUCUACUGUCUUUAUUGUCUUCUACUGUCUUCUAUUGUCUUCUAUUGUCUUCUAUUGUCUUCUACUGUCUUCUACUGUCUUCUAUUGUUUUCUAUUAUAUUCUACUGUAUUCUAGGGUCUUCUAUUGUCUUCUAUUGUCUUCUACUGUCUUCUAUUGUCUUAUAUUAUCUUCUACUGUCUUCUACUGACUUCUACGGUCUUCUAUUGUCUUCUAAUGUCUUCUGCUGUCUUCAAUUGUCUUCUAUUGCCUUCUACUGUCUUUAUUGUCUUCUAUGGUCUUCUAUUGUCUUCUAUUGCCUUCUAUGGUAUUAUACUGUCUUCAACUGUCUUCUACUGUCUUCUAUUGCCUUCUACUGUCUUCUACUGUCUUCUAUUGUCUUCUAUUGCCUUCUACUGUCUUCUAUUGUCUUCUGCUGUCUUUCAUGUCUUCUACUGUCUUCUACUGUCUUCUAUUGUCUUCUAUUGUCUUCUACUGUCUUCUAUUGUCUUCUACUGUCUUCUAUUGCCUUCUACUGUCUUCUAUUGCCUUCUGCUGUCUUCUACUGUCUUCUAUUGCCUCCUACUGUCUUCUACUGUCUUCUAAUGUCUUCUACUGUCUUUUAUUGCCUUAUACUGUCUUCUAAUGUCUUCUAUUGCCUUCUACUGCCUUCUACUGUCUUCUACUGUCUUCUAUUGUCUUCUACUGUAUUUUAUUGCCUUCGACUGUCUUCUACUGUCUUCUAUUGCCUUCUACUGUCUUCUAUUGUCUUCUACUGUCUUCUAUUGCCUUCUAUUGUCUUCUACUGUCUUCUAUUGUCUCUAAAAAAGUCAUAACAUGGGACCAUUCUGUUCUAUUCUGUUCUAUUCUAUUUUAUUUAUUUAUUUGUAAGUGUGUGUGUGUAUGUGUGUGUGUGU